GAAAUAUGGAUACCAACACGAAACUAGUCAUCAGCAUUAUUUGUACCAGCUUUUUCACCUUUCAGCUUCUUUUCCACUUUGUAAGUUACUGGCUUUCAGCAAAAAUUUCUCCAGGUUUUAAUAGUCUCAGCUUCAAAAAGAAGAUUGAAUGGAACUCAAGGGUAGCAUCUACAUGCCAUUCCCUGGUGGUUGUGGGUUUUGGCCUGUACCUUUUCUUUUUUGAUGAGGCUACUAUAAUUGAUCCACUUUGGGGUGAUCCAUCACUUGUGAAAAUGAAUAUUGCUAUUACUUCAGGCUACCUCAUUUCUGAUUUGUUGAUUCUCAUUUUGUAUUGGAAAAUGAUCGGUGACAAAUUUUAUAUAAUUCACCAUUGUGUGUCACUGUAUGCCUACUACCUUAUACUGAAAGAAGGAGUGCUGGCGUACAUUGGAAAUUUUCGCCUGCUUGCAGAGCUUUCCAGCCCUUUUGUGAAUCAGCGGUGGUUUUUUGAAGCUCUGAAGUAUCCAAAGUUUUCCAAAGCUAAUAUCAUCAACGGAAUACUCAUGACGGUGGUGUUCUUCAUUGCGCGGAUUGCUCCAAUACCUCGUUUUUAUGGCUUCAUAUAUUCUGUGUAUGGAACAGAACCCUUCAUAAGGCUCGGAUGUUUAAUUCAGUCUUCCUGGAUCGCUACUUGUGUUGUUUUGGAUAUGAUGAAUGUCAUGUGGAUGAUCAAAAUUUCAAGAGGGUGCAUCAAAGUCUUAUCUCUCAUCGGACAAGGGGAUGCCAAAAAUAGCCUUCAGAAUGGGAAACUUGAUUAAAAGUGUGCUGUUGAUAAGCAAACUUCAUUACUACCCAGCAUUCUGCCCGCUGAUAGGAUGAAUUCUUGGCAUGUUCUUGUUCUUUAUUAAUUAUAAUUGUUAUUCAGGGUUUCCGUGUCCUUUUUUUUUUUAACCUGUAGAAAAGAAAAACUAAAAUUUAGUUUUUGUUCCAAGAUUUCUUUUCUGCUUUUCUUCUUCAUUAUAAGCAUGGAUAAAAGCUUAAAGGUUUAAAUAAAAAAUAUAAAUAUAGUCGUGAAUCUUUUCAGAAAUCUUUUAACCUGCAUUGGUAUUUUUCUCUGUGUAAAGAUGACUAUGCUAACUUGAUGCAUUUGAUUUUAUGUCACCAAUUUUGCUAAAAGAAUGGGAACUGCUUUUAAAUCUAUAAAUAGCUCUCAACAUUUUGUUGUGCUACACUUUUCUUACUAUGACUGUCAACACCUAUGUAGAAUUUAAUUUCUAAUUUGUUGAUAUGUUGUUUUUUUCAUAAGGCUACUAGAAGUGAUAUAUUUUUCAUUUCAGAUAUGCAAUCAUCUGUUAAUGAUGAAGUAUUUUACUACUUUGGGAAUAUUUCAUUAGUUUAGUCAUGGAAAAUACUCAUAUUUCUUGCAUUUUAAGAUUUUUCAGAUGUCACUUCCUUAUUUCUAUUUUUAGCACUUCAUCAAAUUACUUUUAUUUUAUAGUAAGGCUUAAGACAGAUCUUAUAUACCUCCUUAAAAGAUGAAUUUCUUCUUCUACAAAUGCAUGUCGAUAGAUGACUAUUUAUGCUAAUGGGAGGAAUCACUAAGAAAAAAGCUUUAGCACGGCUCUCCCUAUCUGCUUCCCUUGCACUUUUUCUAUGAAAAAUAUAUUAUUUUUACUUGCAAAAUAUCUCUUGAAUUUAGAACCCAACAUCAUCAGUACCAAAGUGUUAUGCAAUAUGUAUUUAUCAUGCUCUUAAAAUAGGCCUCUUCUUAAUGAAACCAAAACUACAAAAAUGACAGUAUUCAUAUUUUACUCAUCAUUUACAUACAUGCUUGCUUAGGCAGCAUUUUGAGUGCUUUUGAAUUUCUGUAUUUCUUAAAGGACAGAAAGAAAAUAAGGUAAUUUAAUCCAAGUAUAUUGACUAUCAAAAGUAUUGUCUUAUUAUGUAAAGAUAAAUGACUAGUGACUCUGGUUUUGCGUAUGUGUGAGGGUUUGCUUUUACUUUGAUUCUCACAAUCCAAAUGUAGAAUUAUAUAUUUAGCUAUUAUCACUUUUAUUUAUUUUUCUCAAGUACUUGAAUUUAGUCAUUGUAAUUACCUAAGAAAAAAAGAAAUUUAAUUCACCUAGUGGUAAAUACUUGAACUUAAUAGAAUCUAAUCCAUUUAGUUUCUUAGCUGAAAGGAGAAUGUUUGACUCACUUUCACUGUUCAUUUUAUGAUGAUGAACAAAAGCCUGUUAAAUAUAAUCAAGACUUUUUAAUUGAUUUGAUUUGAUUUGAUUUGGUUGUCCAAUGCAGAUAGAACCUGAUAAGUUUUAGAACAUUUAAGGAAGAGAAUUGAAAUCUCAGUCAAUAACUAAAUGAUAAAAUGCGAUUGAUUGGCUUACACUAGGUACAUUCAUUUUUGAAAUAAUUAAUGUAAAAAAUAGUUAUUGGUUUUAAAGCAGCUAAUGUUACAUUGAUAAUUUGUUACUAAAUUUAGUGCUGUUAUAUCAUAGGCACUUAUAUAUUGGUUGUUUGGAGGGUGUCAGAGCAAAUGAUUUUAUCUUGUUCUUUCUCUUUUGCAAGAAAAGGGGCUUUUUUAAAAAAGGAAAACAUUUAUAUUAUGAAACUAUUUUGGAAAUUCAUUCCUUUAGAAAGAAAUAAACCUUGAAAUAAAUAUUUUUGACUUUGGAUAUUUCUAUAGUUUUGAACACAGAUUUUAAACCCACCAUCAAUAUGAAGGCAAUAUAAAGCUAUAAUGUUAGAGAGUCUCCAGGUAGCAGUUUCAACUUUUAUAGUUGCUGUUUCAUGCUUAUACCUUUAUUUUUAUUUUCACUGAUAUUACCUUUUAUUGGUAUAGCUGCUCACUAAAUAAGUAUGUAUAUUUAAAUAUCAAAACCUUGAACUAAAGUUUGUACUACCUUAGUCAGCUAUCAUUAUCUUACACUGGCUGCAUGACAGUUAAUUUGCCAUCCAGAUUCAAAAUCCAAAAGUAGUUUCUAUAUAUUUCCUCAUGAAACAGACAUGAAAUGGAACUGCCACUACAAAUCAUCAUGCUACUUUAAGUCUGAUCUUUACAGGAACUAUACUUUGCUAUUCUAUGAUUAUAUAUACCUACCUAAAAUACAAAUAAAGACAGAACAUAUCAACUUUAAAUGAUUAAUUUUUCAUUUAUUAAAUGACAACUUUUGCUAGCCAUUUGAGAUGUUAAGUAUUUUGACUACAUGGACUAAUUAAAAGAUUCUAUUAGGCAUUCUGAUAUUUACAACUGUAUUAAAAUAUUUAUAAAAAUAAAAGUAAAUUGAUGUAAAAUUUUAAGCAAUUUUAUUUUUGUAGAAAAGAUUAGUGACAACCUGUAAUUAUAAAGAUGUUAUUUGACUAUACAGUAUUCCAGAAAAUAAAAGUUCAUGUGAAACUUAAAAAUGAAUGAAAAUCAACUAAUACCAUGCAAUAUCACAGAUUCUGCAUAAAAUGUUUUAUUUGUGAGAAUUUACGAAUUAUGAGCUAUAGUUUAUAGAGUUGGCAUUCUUCUGUCUAAAAUCUUUUUAAGGAUUGUUUGCAUUUAUUUAAAACUCAAAUAUAUAUGAGUGCAAAGAAAUUAACUCCUGCUUAAAUUAUGUUUUGAUACCCCAUAGUAAGUUGAAGUUAAAUUUUCAUUUCAGCUGUUUAAUUUUGUUAUUUCAUAGACUAGCCCUAAGAAAUAGUUAUGAAUAGUUACCAUCCCUAAUAAUGACUCUGAUAAAUAAUGGAUGGCUCAGUACUGUCUUAAAGGUCUAGUUUUAAAGACUGCCUAGUUUAUAUGUAUUUGAAUCAAAUUCUUUUCUAAAUUUUAAUAAUUUAUUUGAGUCAAAUCAAAUUUUUGCAAAAGUGUCAGUUUUUAGAUUGUAUACUUUCCCUGAGGUGCAUUGGGCAUUUGUAGAACAGUUCUUCACUGGUGUGGAGAACCAGCUUCACUGUUAGUUGCACCAUUUGUUAUGAUGCGUUUAGAAACACUUUUCUCAUGGAGAUAUAGAGGGUAAAGUAGUACUGUUGUAAUGCACAUGCUUCUUCUGUGUCAUUUUUAUAAAGGUUCCAGAAGACACUAUUAAAGUAAAUUUUUGAACAAAUUUCUGAUUCUAGAUUGCUCUUAACUCCAAAAAUGUAAAUAUGCAUUUGCAUUGGCUUAAGUGGUUUAGUCAGUCGUUUGAAAUUGAAAAGUCCAUGUAUUUGUUGACAUCAUCAGAUAUACUUCAUGGAAGUUUAUGUAUUUCUAUGUAUCUUGGAUUCCAUGAGAAGCAAAUUUGUAUAAUUUUAUCAGAAGAGUGGCAUGGUGUUUCCCAACAGGUAUGAGCCAGGACAGCAGCAAGACCUUUCCUGUGAUGAGAGACUCAGCUUUCCGACAAACACACUCAAGCUACUGAAAGUGAACUCUGAUGCAAAACUCAUGUAUAGGACCAAUGAAAAGCCAGCAGGACCUGGAGUGGAAGGAGAUGCCGAGCCUGCUUUGCCCUUAAUAGCCAUGACGAUGGUCCUACCUUGAUCUAGAAGUUUUUUCUCUGAAUCCUUCCAGCCCUUCCAUUUCUUCUCCCUAAUACAAAGAUUUCAUCAGCACCUCCUUCCUUAUGUCAGCACUUUUGUAGGUCAACUUUUGAGACCUCUCCAUACAUCUGUAAGCUUCCCAGUUUCUUGUGGCAAAUGUAAAAGAUUUCUAAUGGGUUCUCUCACUGAAAAAAAGCAUUGCAGUAAGUUUAAGUAGAGAUCAGACAAACUAUAAAUUCUUAAGAGGCUACAGGAAGCCAUUUAGCAUGUAAUACCUGUUUACUACAUGAGGCAAAGCUAAUAAUGUUAUGGUUUUAUUGAGAAACGUGUAAUCUCAAACUGGUUUAGCAAUAAGAGCUUUGUAAUGUGUCUCAGCUGGGGUUUUAUUGUAGGCAAGUAAAUUGUCUAAAUGUUCUUAUACCCCAUGACAGGAAGGGGGAGGAACUGAAGUAACUGUGUGUUAGGAAGAGGGGUGCUGGCUUGGGGCAGCAUUAUAGAGUCCAGCUCUUUCAGAAGGCAAACUUUGCUAUAGUAAUGUUUCUUUAAAAACAAGCUUACCAGCAAAUAGAUUACUUGAUGUUUUCCAAAGUGCAACACCCAAGGACUUGAGCCCUACCCUUUUCUAGCCCAUACUUCAAACAGCCUCUACUUGCUUUGAUAAGUCAUACCUUUAUUGGAAGAUAUUUUGUAUAGCAGUGAAGAGAUGAAAGCAACUCCUAAAGAUUGGUUUGUUUGCAUUGAAAAUGUUUACACUUAUUCAUUCUGAGCAGCAUACAGUUUUGAUAUCAGGCCCUGUACAUAAGACCAAAAACAAUGAGAAAUAUUUCUAAAUCUCAAAGAUUUAUAAGUAUAAUACCUUUGGCUGAAAACUUGUUAAAUAUCAUCUGUAUAUUUUUUGUUUAUAUUUUUAUGUAAUUCUGCAAUUAAGUGUGCAUUAGGAUUAUUUGCUACUUGGUUAAUGAAGGCUAAAAAUAUAGCUAGAAGUAAAAUGUGUUAUAUAUCUUUCUAUUUCUUGUUUGGUUUGUUUCUGGUAUGAUUAUGUCUACUUUUUACUUACGGAAUUUUCAUGUAGCUAAUACUCUAACUUGUAAUGAGGUAAGUUAUGAGAUUUUUUUUUUUAGUAAUUAGAAUUUGUAAUAACAUUUCGACAGAUUUUAUUUGAAAAAGCUACUUGAAAACUGCAGUAAAUGUGAUAGCUAUAGUGAUAUAUAUAUGUAUACAAUUUUUUUUCUGAGAAUAUGUAAUAUAUAAUAAUUCAAGAUUUUUGGAAAUCUUUCAAAAUAUACUUAAUAUCAUUUUGAGAACAUGCCUUCUAAUUUAUUUCCAUAAGGCUAAAGAACUAUUAUUUACAAAAUGUAAGACUAGAUAAUUUAUAAAUCAGUAUUACUAAGACCUAUCAGUAAUUAAAAUAGCAAUUUAGUAUUCUUAUUUUGGUUUCUGAUUGUGCUUUAUUUGAGGGAUAAUAAAUGUCUUUAGGUAUUUCCAUUAAAAUUUUGAAAUGUUUCUGUACUUUAUUGUAUGUGUGCCAUUUUAAAGUAUAUUCAAGUUCUAAGCAAUAAUCUGCAUGUUGUACAAGGUCAGCAUACUUUGUCAUGACAAUUUUAUCUAAUUUAAGAGUGAUAAAAUGAAUAUCCUAUAAAUCAUCCAUGCCCAUGAAAACCUUGAGAUUUUCUUGUGCUAAAACACUAUUAUAAUGUGGUGCAAAGCUUUGUAUUUUGUGAAAGAAAUUAAUAAAAUCACAAUUAUUUUAUGCAAAA